AUGGCGUCUUUAACCCGAAGUCGAGGCCUGCAUGCUUCAUUGCAGCCUUGGAUUGACCCCAGAUUCCAUCAUCAAGUCCGAUUGCAAUUACAGUCCAGUCAACUCUUCUCAACCUCGGCUUCAAGACAACAAUCGCGCCGACCCUCUCCGUCACCAUCCUCCUCCUCCGUUCCUUCUACCAAUAUAGUCACAACCCCUCUCAAAAAUGAAGUCAAUGCUCCCAGCAGCACCUUUCCCGCCGAUAUCGUCACCCCAGUACCCAUCUCUCCAUCCGCUGGACUGCCGGACAAACUUAAACGCUUUGUCGAAAUUGGCCGAACAUACCUUACUUUCUACAAGACAGGCUUGAAGAAUGUGUACCGGAACUACCGUGCCUCAAUUCCCCUCCGGAAAGAGCUAGGCCUCCCAGUAUACCUCCCCGUGUCACCUCCACGGACAGUCUCACGCGCGGAUGCCCCGUCCGUACAAAAAGAAUCAUUACUGGGACGGGCACAAUUCCAGCUAGUCUGCCGCUCAGCCCGCGAUGUUCGACGCAUGAUCCCCUUCACAAUGAUAUUAAUUGUCUGCGGGGAAUUCACGCCACUGAUUAUCCCUAUAUUCGGAUCCGCUAUUACUCCAGCUACAUGUCGCGUUCCCUCGCAGGUAGAAAAGGAGCGAGUUAGCGCAGCCAAGAGAAAAAUAGCUGCGCUGGAUGCGCAUGUGACUACCUCCAAGGACAGUUCUCUAAUUCUGCUUCAGUCUAAUAGUGAAGGGCAAUUGCAUCUCCUUGCUAAGCAAUUUGCCGACCCAGCUUGGGUGGCAAGCGCUGACCCUGCCUCUGUGAUGCGUGCAGCUGCUGUGUUUGGCCUGGUCAAGCGUCAUGACCGGACUGCUGGGACACUACUUGCUGGGAUGAUCUAUCGACCACGGCUCGCACGGCAUGUUGAGUACCUGUCCAUUGAUGACAAGAUGAUUCGGGUGGGCGGCGGUGUUCGAGCUUUGAAUGCCGCCGAGGUUCGGAUCGCAGUUGAGGAGCGAGGUGGAGUGGAUGUUUCUACCAGUGCGAAGGAUCGCCAACAGGCGGAAACUGUCGAAAGACGCUGGCUGGAGCAGUGGUUGCUUGUUCGUAGAGGUAGCCUGAAGUCCCCAAAACAGUAG